AUCAAAAAAGGACUUGAGGAGUCACUAGGAAAUAUUGGUUGCUGCUGCAAAGAGGAUUCUUGAGAAGCCGAGGACAGAUGUGACAUAAGAAAGAAAGUAAACAAACAAUGGUAUCCAAGGAGGAAGAAGCCAAAAUAGCAAUGGAUACUGCUGAGAAGAAACUCUCGGAGAAUGAUUACAAUGGAGCGAAGGUAUGCGUCGACAAGGCUAAGAAAUUGUACCCAAACCUUGAUGGUUUGAAACAAGUGUUGAGGAUGAUCGAUGUUUAUAUCUUUGCAUCAAACAAGAUCAACGGAGAAGCUGACUGGUAUGGCAUACUCGGCGUCGAUCCUUUAGCUGAUGACGAAGCGGUGAAGAAACAGUACAAGAAGUUGGCUCUUUUGCUUCAUCCGGACAAGAACAGGUUUAAUGGCGCUGAAGGCGCAUUUAAGCUGGUUUUACAAGCUUGGGAUUUGUUGUCUGACAAAGAUAAGAGAGCUGCGUAUGAUAGAAAGAGGAAACGGAAAAGGAGCAGAAUGCAGGAUCCACCAAAGCCACACGAGUACGAGUCCAGGUACAAAUCUGACCCUGAGCCUGAGCAGCCUGAUCCUGAUUCUUCAUGGGAACAGGAGAAUCCACGGAAACCAGAGGAAUUCAUUUUCUUUUGGACAGUAUGCAAAAACAAGAGGUGCAACACACAUUGUAAAUUUGUGAAGUCUCGACGUUAUCUUAACAAGACCUUGUGUUGUCCAAACUGCCGGCAGUGUUUCGUUGCGACCGAGAUCAUUCCAGAGAUGGUCGAUGGGAGGCCAGUCUACAGAUUUAGUGCCAAGUUUCAACGAACAAGCGAAAGCACAAGUGAUGAUGCUUCUUCUUCGAACACUUCAGAUUCUGAUAGCGCAAAUCAAGCAGAAGAAAAGAUUCUUCCAGCUACUUCUGCUAGAGGAGAUGAAAAGGAAGCAUAGAGGCUUUUUAUCAAGAUGACAACAGAGAUACUUGUUGAUAGAUGCUGCGAAAUGACAAAUGAAGAAUAAGAGUUAAGUGUUAAAACAAGGUAAUGGUGAAUAUUGUAGAUCCUGUGUAGUUUAAUAGGUGAUGUAAGGAGAUCAGAAUCCCAAAUUGCAAUCUCUAUUAUUAUAAGCCUCUAUCAAGCCUGAUAUAUCUCUGUUAUUACUCUGUUUCAUCUUCUAUUCAUUAAAGAAACUGAUAUUUGCAGUUGUGAGUUUAUCAUCUUCACACUAGGAUAACUGAAAAGAAGAGUCAACUAUAUCAUAGUGCAACUUUAGAAAACUCCGUAACCAGGUUUCUUGGGGCCAGUCGUCAACCUCUCAUCAUCUCAUCAACAAUGGAACUCUCCAAACCGAUCAGAGCAAGGUAAAAGCCACACAAAACACAGGUGAUGGUACUUAUUGAGAGAGAUAUUCUCCAUCAUUGGUUAGUUUUACUUGUAGUUUUCACUGGAAUAGUUCAAUUUCGAUACCAAUCUAGUGGUAAUGCUGCAAAUCAAG